AUGCCUCCAGGAAUUCAACCAAAAUUUAUAGACAAACCAAAAAUUAAACAAUCUGGCAAAAAUGUCAUAUUUGAAGUUGUAGCUGAAGCAGAUCCAGCGCCAGAAAUUCUUUGGACAAAAGCUGGGAAUGAAAUAAAAAAUUCUUCACGUUACAAAACUAAUUGUCGUACACUUGGUAAACAACAUACAUUAACAUUAGAAAUUAACCAAGUAACAGCUGAUGAUGGUGGAGAAUACUUGGUAACAGCCAAAAAUAAACUUGGUGAUUCAACAGCCACAAUAAAUUUGAAUAUUGGAUCAGCUAAAUCUACACCAACUAAAGCUCCGAAAUUUCUUGAGAAACCAGUGAUUCGUAUGGAUAAGUCUAAAGGUGAAGUUAUCUUAUCAUGCAGAUUAGAAGCAAAACCUGCUGCAACACUGACGUGGUAUUUGAAUGAUCAAGAAAUAAACGAAAUCUCUGGAAACGUGCAUGGGAAGUAUCAGAGCAACCUGAUGAUGUUUAUAUAA